AUGUCUUUGGAAAGAAAGGGGCACCACGGUCCCAGUACGUUUGACGGAAAGUCACAGAUUGAUUCCACCUCGCGUCCCGCAUGGUACGCGGAGCGCGUGGAGUCCAUCCCCGACGCGGGACGGCAGCUGCUCGAGGUCUACAGCGGCAUUCCCACGGAGCGGGUGCUGCUCCACGUUCUUGCCAUCCGGGACAAGGCCUUCGAUAUCUGGUCAUAUGCAUGCAUCGGCCAAGUCCGAUUUCUGGACUUCACCUUGCCGAAGCUGCCGUACUGGCCUCGUAUCCUACCGCGCCUCCGUGCAGGAGCAUCGUUGGUUGACGCGGGAUGUUGUUUCGGUCAAGAGAUUCGCUUCUUGGUUUUCCAAGAAGGCAUAGCGGCGACACAGCUGUACGGGUUCGAUCUCGAGCCCGCAUUCCUCGACCUGGGCUACGAACUGUUCCUUGACCGAGACAAGCUCCAUGCCCAAAUGCUCUCGGGUGAUGUCCUGGCAGAUUCCAUGGCACCGGACGGCAAAGGUCUCGAGGCCGUAGAAGGCAAGAUGGAUAUCGUCCACGCGGCUUCGCUCUUGCAUUCCUGGGGCUGGGACGAUAUGGUCACGGCGACGAAGCGUCUGGUUUCGCUGACUCGCAAGCUCCCAGGUUCCAUGAUCAUCGGCAAUCAGAUGGGUAGCCUUGAUGCAGGUCAGUAUCCGAUGCCGACAGGAACUGGUCUUAAUUAUCGUCACAAUGUGGAAAGCAUGGAGCGAUUCUGGGCGCAAGUCGGAAAAGAGACGGGCUCGAGCUGGAACGUCGAGUCAGAUAUGUUUUUGCCUCCGGUUGUCAAGGAGAAUAUGGCGCAUUCGUGGGCGAGAUCUGAUCCAAAUCUGCGCAUGAUAUGGUUCUGCGCAGAACGUAUCUGCUAA